GAGGCCGGACGGGGAGGAGACUUGACAUGCGGGGUGGUGCAAUGUGGCGCUGCAAAAUCCUCCAGCACUCACGGGGCGCAUGAAGGUGGCGGACAGUCGCAGCACAUUGAUCCAAAGUUUUUGAGAGAGUCUGACUACCUCCCAGAGCGACCAUGAGAGCCCUCCUCUUGAUAUGCAUGCCAGUUGUGCUGCUUGCCCAGGCUCAGUACGAGGAAUCUAUUCCUUUUCUCGAUGACUAUGGACUUGAUUAUUUACCAGAAAAUCCAAAUUCUGAGAAUCAUGAUUCUGUUCCCGAAAACUACCAGCAGCAGGCCCGAUUCGAACCCGUGAUCCGUCCAGAAAAAACCGAGACGGAUUUGGAGACGGAGCCCACGGAGCCCGGUCCUCUCGAUUGCAGAGAGGAGCAGUAUCCGUGCACUAGACUCUAUUCCGUGCACAAACCAUGCAAGCAGUGCCUGAACAGUCUCUGCUUUUACAGUCUGAGGCGUGUGUACGUCAUCAACAGGGAGGUGUGCGUGAGGACCGUGUGUGCACAUGAAGAGCUGCUGAGAGUGGACCUGUGUCGGGACCAGUUCUCACGCUGCGGCGUGGCGGCGCUGAGCGGCCACUGCGGAUCCGUGGGGGCAAGCUGCGGGAAGAGCUGCGGUGGUGGCUGCUGAUGAUGGAGACCCAACCGAACAACGACCGCCAUCUACAACUCUUGUUCUUCUUCACUGAUGUGCUUUUAAAUGCAGUGUUUCCCAACCUUUAUUUAGCCAAGGCACAUAUUUCGCAUUAGAAUAACCUCGCAACAGAUGACCAAACAAAAAUGUCACAAAUGGUAUACAAAGUGGAUACCCUCAUUUUUUUUUUUUAGUAGCUGUUUAUGUGCCCAAAGCUAUGACAGAAUUGCUUUGACACCAUUUGGUGGCAUCUUGGUGCCAAGGAAAUAUGAUAAUGUGAGUUGAGGCGCUUCAUUCACACAAAAUCUCCUGGCGCCAUCUUAUGAUAUUUAUAGGCCAUUACAGUACAGUAUAACCCUUUUUUACGGGGUACAUCAAUUCCACUAGUGCCUUGAGAUACAAUUUUAAUUUGUUCCAUGACCCGCUUGCAUCUCAACAUACGCAAAGCAUCUUGAGCCAUUGAAAUCAAUGGAAAUGCGAUUAAUCCGUUCCAGCCCCUUAAAGAACACCCCAAAUUAUUUUUUAACAUAUAUUUUCACAUGAAAAAUUAUACUCAACAGUAUUGUGCUCUAUAAAAACACACAGUAAUGACAUUUGCUCUCCACAUAACCUGCAAAGACGGAAAAUGCAAGCACAAAACACAAUGGUACCUAAUGUAUUGUCUUUACUGGCUCUCCUGUGGGGUCUAUUGCUGGUUGGCAAAUCAUAAUGGUGCAUUACCACCACCAACUGAUAGUGCCCUUCUACUGAAACCAAUGUGAAUUGAUGGUGGCUUGAUGUGAUAAAAAAAUAAUAAUAAUAAAUUGGCUAAGUAAUGGUUCAUAUAUUGAAAAAUAAACCAAUGUAAGUCAAGGCACCUGUAUCUCAAGGUAUUACAGUGGGAAAAGCUGUGAAUAAUUGACACUCAUUAUAUAAUGAUUUUUUUUUUUCUUACAAACACCACCCCCCUGACCCUAAAACAAAAAAAAUGUGAAUAAGCAGGGGGAUCAGAUUUUUUAAAAAUGCAAAACAAGUGGGGGAUCUGGAACAAGUACUGCGACUAAGCAGGGGUUUCUUAGGUGAAUGAUGCUAAAAUGCGAAUGUACAGGGGUCCACUCUACUUUAUUACUUACUGUGUACUUACUGCUGGCAUGGCUCGGUCCUUAUCGCCCGCAAAUAGCGGGGGAUUCACUGUAUGCUGAGAAAACGAUGAUCUCGUCACUCACACAUUUACUUGUGCGUGCCUGUUUAGUUGAGCGCAAAGCUAUUAUUCUGUUGUACAAAUAGCAUCAGGUGGAUACACAGGUUAAUUUGACCUUCUGCCUUAUUGUGGAAGAGCAUUCAAUUGUUCAGCCUGUCACUAUACGUCAUUAGCAUAGCUAGAUGAACAAAGACACAUUAUUUGUAGUAAAUAAUUUUCAGUCCAAUAAUUGCCCGUGGCACACCUGAUGAUCUAGUGGUUGGGAAUCACUGCUAUAAUGUCAACGCUUCUAUUUCUCACAUACCACAGUUUGCCUUUCCCCUCCCACCUGUGUGUAUCGAUCAGUAUACUCCAAAGAAGCUUGAUGAUUGUACAAAUCACUGGUGCUAUAAACUCAUCACACUGGUGCUGUAUUGGAGAUGCGACUAGCUGCGGAGACCUCUCAGUUUGUUUUGCAUACUGUACCGUAUUAAUCGCAUGCUUUGUGUUUUGUUGUUUUCUUAUACUGUACUUAAAAAAAAUGUUGUUUUUUUUUAAAAAGUCCUUCGGUCAAAGCAGUCGCUGACAUCAGCCAAGAAGAUGACCUCAGCUUUGAGAAGGCUCCUCACAAAGCGCUACUGCUGCUUUGUAAAACUACCACAAUUAAAAGAUAAUAAAAGAUG